AUGGACGAGGACGAUUUAUUCGGAGCUUUUGAAGAGAGUGGGAGUGUUGAAAUUGUGCCAGCACCAGCACCAACGCCAGGAGAAGCCAGGGACAAAACGGACAAAAUGGCUUUGCUCGAUGAAAGACGUCGAGAAGAAGCACGUCAGCAGGCGGCAGCUUUAUUAAGUUCCAUGUUACAAGGAGACUGUGGUGAUACCAUUGAACCUGAGAAGAAAAAGGCUAGGGUGGAAGCCGAUGAUGUGCUGGAGCAAAUCCAGGAAACAUUUGAUAAGACGAUAACAGUUCAUACUAUUCGUACUGAUAAUGAAAAUUGCACCCACGAAGUAGCAUUACCACCGGACAUGCCAUUUGAACCACUCACUCCCAGGGAUUCUGCACCAGCGAAAAGCUAUCCUUUUCAACUAGACGCGUUCCAGCGUGAAGCUAUUACUUGCAUCGAGAACAGUCAGUCUGUUUUAGUGUCUGCCCACACGUCGGCUGGAAAAACUGUGGUUGCUCUAUAUGCAAUUGCCCAAUGUCUUCGGGAUAAGCAACGUGUGAUUUACACUUCACCAAUCAAGGCGUUGUCAAAUCAGAAAUUCAGAGAACUCGAAGAAGAGUUCGGUGACGUCGGUCUGAUGACAGGAGAUGUCACCCUAAAUCCGGAUGCGUCCUGUCUUGUGAUGACUACUGAAAUCCUUCGGUCUAUGCUCUAUAGAGGUUCUGAAGUAAUGAGAGAGGUAGGAUGGGUCGUUUUCGACGAAAUCCAUUACAUGCGAGAUAAAGAGCGUGGUGUUGUUUGGGAAGAAACCAUAAUUUUAUUGCCGGAUAAUGUACACCACGUGUUCCUCUCUGCGACUAUUCCUAAUGCUCGACAAUUUGCACAAUGGGUAUGUUGGUUGCACAGACAACCUGUACAUGUAGUUUACACGGAUUAUCGUCCUACCCCUCUUCAACAUUUCAUUUUUCCUGUUGGAGGCGAGGGUCUCUACGAGGUUGUGAAUAUACAGGGUCAAUUUCGUGAAGAUAAAUUUAUGCAAGCUAUGAGCGGGUUGGCCGGCUUGGGAGAUCAGGCUGCAGGUGGCAUUCAAAGAGGUCGUAAAGGAGGAAUGAAGACGGACUCCAAUGUGGUCAAGAUCAUUAGAACGAUCAAGGAACGCGAUAUGUUACCAUGCAUAAUAUUCUCGUUCAGCCGGAAGGAGUGUGAAGCAUACGCACUUUCACUCAAAGAUAUGGAUUUUAAUGACGAUGAAGAAAAGAAAUUGGUGCGUGAAAUAUACAACAGUGCUAUUGAUCUCCUUAGUGACGAGGAUAAAAAGUUACCCCAGAUAGGACAGAUUCUUCCUUUGUUACUUCGCGGAAUUGGGGUACAUCAUUCUGGUUUGCUACCCAUACUCAAAGAAACUGUCGAAAUACUAUUCGGAGAAGGAUUGCUGAAGACCUUGUUUGCAACUGAGACGUUUUCAAUGGGUUUAAACAUGCCUGCACGAACAGUUCUGUUCACAUCGGCCCGGAAGUUUGAUGGUGCUGACAACAGAUGGAUCACUUCUGGAGAAUAUAUCCAAAUGUCAGGAAGAGCUGGUCGGCGUGGAAAAGACGAUCGAGGUCUUGUUAUAUUAAUGGUAGAUCAUAAGAUGAGCAGUGAAGAUGCUAAGCAGAUUAUAAAGGGAGCAACAGAUCCUUUAAAUUCCCAGUUUCGCCUUACAUACAAUAUGGUGCUGAAUCUACUACGAGUUGAAGGAGUGAAUCCUGAGUUCAUGUUGGAGCGCUCUUUUUAUCAAUUCCAGAACUACGAUGCUAUUCCUGAUCUUAAGCGAAAAGUGAGAGAGAAAGCUGCAGAAGUUGAAGCCAUGCGCAUAGAACAUGAGCGCGACAUAACCGCAUUUUUCGAUAUGGAAAAGCAGAUAGCAAACCUCCAAGCAACUAUCAGCAAAACCAUAUGUUUGCCAAAAUACUUAGUUCCGUUCCUGCACGCAGGUAGAAUGCUCCAUAUCGUGGCUGGGACUCGUGAUUUUGAUUGGGCCGUUCUAGUAAAUUUCCACAGGAAAACAAAUGUCGAUGAUAGCACUCAGAUGGUCUACAUUCUAGAUGUGUUUAUGGGUUUCAAAAGUGACAGUGCUGAUGAAAAUCACAGCUUAGCACAGUUGCAACCAAUUACUGAUGGUGCAUAUGCAAGCUGGGAUGUCAUUUCGAUGACUUUGGAUUGCGUGCAGGAAAUCAGUGCGGUUCGAUUAAAACUUCCUCCAAAACUUGACUCGAACACCAAAGGUGUAAUAGAGCACAUGAUUAAGAGUGUUAAACAAAGGUUCAGCAAGAUUCCUUUGUUGCAUCCUAUUAACGAUAUGCGAAUAAACGAACCUGCAUUUGUACAUGCAGUUGAGAAAGUCGCCGAGUUGGAACAGAGAAGUCAGGAGCAUCCGCUCCGGAAAAACAAAGAUUUCGAGUUAAUAAGAAAACAGUAUACGACCAAGGAUGAGAAGAAGCGAGAACUGAAACGGCUUGAAGCAGAACUGCGAAAAGCACAGUCAGUGCUUCAACUGGAUGAAUUGGCUCAGAGGAAACGCCUUCUUCGUCGUCUUGAGUAUUCCGAUAAAUCGGACAUCAUAACUGAAAAAGGACGUUGCGCUUGCGAGCUGUCUGCCGCAGACGAAUUGAUGUUAACGGAAAUGUUAUACGGUGGCGUAUUCACUGACCUUUCGCCUCCUCAGCUUGCAGCUCUCCUCUCUUGUUUUGUAUUCCAGGAGAACGCAAAAUCGCCCAAAUUGGCCGACGAGUUAUCCGGUUGCCUACGAAAACUGCAUGAAUAUGCCCGUCGAAUUGCAAAGCUGUCGAUCGAAUGCAAACUCGAUGUCAUAGAAGAUAAGUAUGUGGAGUCUUUUAAACCAGGAAUGAUGGACGUUGUCUUCCAAUGGGUGAAUGGUUCUUCCUUCUCAGAGGUGAUGAAGAACACUGAUAUUUUUGAAGGUUCGAUUAUUCGCUGUUUACGACGACUGGAAGAAGUUUUAAGAGAAAUGGUUAACGCCGCAAAAUCAAUGCAAAACCAAACUCUUGAAGAAAAGUUCGAAGAGGCUCAUGUUGGCGCUGAACUCGAACCUUUUGAUGUCCCAUUACCGGAUCUGGAAAAGGAUGCAAAACCGAUAACUACAUUAAAUGAACAAUGCAAACGAUUUGUGAAUCACUACAGGUAUUACUGUCGAACGACUAAUAAAGCAGCAUAUAACGAGGAGAUUCGGAUAAUCUGCGAGCGAUAUCGAACGUAUUGUUCGGAUCGUGUUUAUCCUUCAGUGAACCAUAUCCGUCGCCAACUUGCCUACUGGAAGCACUCUGGUCUACCGGUGUUUGCGCAGAGGACAUUGACCAAAUGCUAUUCGCAAUGCAAAGAAACUGACCCGGUAUGUGUGAAUGCUUGUGAAUGUUUGCACUUACAAUGGGUCAUGGAUUACGAGUGUUAUCCGGGUGUUCGUGCUCCGGCAGGUCCGAAUUGUCAAAGGUGGUCGCAAAAGUGUCGAGGUGUGUGGAAACCGUUACCAGACUAUACGCCGGCUGAUUUCAACGUGUACGCGCCGCCACCACUCGUUCGCGGACAAUUUUACGGAUACGAUGCGUUAGGGAACUAUCGUACUUUCAACCGUCCACGAGAUCACGGUGUUUCCUUCUAUCGUGGAACAAACACAGUGUUGGUUGAUUGGCCAGAAGGCAAAGUUUCCGGUGCAAGCAAAGUUGAAGUGCCGGCGGUUGGUCUUGACAUCAUUUACAACGCCUACGACAUUGGAUUCCCGAAUCCUCAACGAGCAUUGCGUGAAUUUACGCGGGACAAUCCAGAUCCGUUGAAUCCGGGAACGGGAAGACGUCGAAGGGCGAUGACACUGCUCAGACGAACGUGA